ACCGCUGCUGGAAUGGAGUGGUGGUGGCAGUGGCAGUGGCAGUAUCAGCGGAGUGCCGCGGAUCCGAUCCGAUCGCAGUCGUGGUUUGUCACUCUAUCGGUCACCGCGUCGUCUCGUUCACUUGUCGUCCUCUUGCGCUCUCUUCAGCGAUCUCUCGGAUCGAUUCGGUUCGAGGAAUAGGCUCCGGAUUCUCCGGCAUGCAGCCAGCAUCCACAAUAGCCAAGGCAAUUAAUUGGAGUGAUACGGCGCCACCUCCGCACCACAGUGAUGAUGGUCAUGUAAAGGUCAGGGGUCAGAAGCGGAAAUUGAAUUAGCCAAAAAGGAACGCGGAACGCGGAGGCUGAUUAAUUCUGGUUUUGCAAUUGGUCCUUGCCACUGCCGUGUCCACAAUGUGAGGCAAGUGUAGCGGCCAAAACGCUGGAAAUGCUGAAGCACGCCUCGAAUGCGAGCAGUGCCGCUGCGACAGCCACCGCCAUUGCCGUCCCCGUAUCCGUACCGCCCACCGUAUCCGCAUCCGGAGGCGCUCCCCUUGGCAGCAGCGGAGGCGCCGGCGGCCAGCUGCUGCGCACCGCCAGCGUUAUCGUUGCCAACAGCAGCAGCAGCACCAACAAUAUCAGUUGCAAUGGGAACAGCAACAGUAAUAGCAAUGGCAGUGGCAGCGGCCACAACACACCCCCGGUUGCAUUGGCUGGAACGGGAGCGGGAGCGGGAGCAGCAGCAGGAGCGUCAACAGGAACAGGUGCAACCACCACCAACGGCGGCAGUGGCGGUUCACCGACGCCAGCAGCAGCUGCCGUGGCCAGCACUGCGCGCAAUAUUCACCUGCGGCCGCCGCAACCGCAGCCGUUGAACAUAUCCGCCCUGAAUGCCUCUGCCGCUAGCACGAGCACGCUGCUCAAUGGCGGCGCACGUGUGGCCAAUGGCUCAACGCUGCUAAACAUUGCCACCCCGAUCACGCCGCUCAAGCCGCUGACACCGCUCACGCCGCUUACACCCAACGGGCACUGCCUGGGCAAUGGAAGCGUUCACCAUCACACCUACACCAAUCAGCACAUCCUGGCCAGCAGCCAACAGCAGCAGCAGCAGCAGGCGAUGCAUCAGCCUAUGCACCAGCAUUAUCACCAACCACAAACUCAAUCGCAGCACCAGCAGCAGCAGCAGCAGUCCCAGGUACCCCUACAGAUGCAGCAGUCACAAACACAGGCGCACCACCUGAGCAGCAGUCAAGUGCCGCACAAUUACAGUCACUGCAACAACCUCACCGCCAACUCUGUGUUCCACAAGCUGACCAAGCCGGGACCUUCGCCCCGUGAAGCCCUCACCAGCCUGGGCUUGCUUUGCCUGAUUUCCCUAUUACUUGCGUUGCUUUCACUGAUCUUCCUGCUGAGGAUCUCUCCGACGGGACGAGAGGACGCCGUGGGACGCGGCGGUCCAAGCAGCGAGGACUUCAUCCUGGUCUACGAUGUCACAUUGGCUCUGGGUGCGCUCUCGCUGUCGCUGAACCUGUGCUGUCUGCUGGUCUGCGCCAUUCAGUUUCUGUUCGCGGUAAAGCUGCGGGCGCCAGCCUUCGAGGGCCGCGAGAACCAGUACCUGGCGAAGUCCAGUGUUAGCCGGACGUGCGCCGUUAGCGGCUUCUUCAUCUCCAUACCGGUAUUCCUUACCGGACUCAUCCUGUACACCUUUAGCCACUUUCAUUCCACGCCUGCGAUCGUUACCAGUAUACUGAUUGGCGUGGGCAUCGUCUUCUGUGGCGGCGCCAUGGUGCACAACGUCUUUGUCUGGCAGCACGAGAAGACAAUCAGUUAUCGCAGCGCUCCGUUGGGUCUGUCCCAGCUUCUGACGCCUCUGCCGCCGGCCGCUUCUGUGCCGCCCCUGUCGCACAACCUGUCCCUGCUCUCGGCUGCUCAGCUGCCGGUGCCGUUGCCUGUGCCACUACCACUGCCGCUGCCGCCGGCGAAUGCGUACCACACGGCCUCGCCGCCGGUACAACAACCGCAGCUGUACCAGGGCCAUCACGCUUGCCUGCUGCAGCCGCCGUCCGUGACUCCAGUAUCCCCCAAUCACUCGCACGGCAGCUUCAAUCCGUUGCUUAGCGGCAAUCUCCUGUCCAGUGGUGGCGGUGGUGCCGUCAACUCAUCAUUCCUUGUGCGUCCAGCUACGGCAACGCCGCCGACACCGAGGCCAGGGAAUAGCAGCUGCCUGACGACGGCAGCAGCGGCUGUAGGACGCGACGCCUGCGGUUCGGUCAGUCCUGGCAUACCGCCCACGUUGGACAUGAGCAACAUGACCAUUUCACUGCACGAGCUCUCCACGCUCGUAUAAAUUAGGGCAUAGCAUAAGCAUUACCAUAGACGAGAAAGCCACCGCGCCACCCCCAUCUUGCCGAACUUAGUCCAUAAGGAACGAACGCCUAUUGUAAAUAUCUGUACAAAGUAUAAAUUAACCGCAUCGAAAGUAAAGCUAGCCUAUAUCUGAUAUAUAAUGGAAUUAACUAUUCAUAAGGACUUUUUUUCAUGGGCACUUCAUCUAAGGGCUGUAUGCCCAAUUCAGCGAAGGAACAACUGAGGAGCAGAGCAGAAAGAGAGAUUUGUCGUACAUACCUCCAAUCAGUUCGGAAUGAAAGUUGUACCCUUUUCAGGACCAUAAGUAUCCAAGUAAGGAGAGGAAGGAGAGUCCAUAAGUGGUGAUAUUAAUUUUCGUUUCCUCUUGUAAUUCUCUGCGCCUAUCCACAU